GGAGCCCAGUCCCCAACAACCCCUCUCUCCCGCCCGCCCCGGCGGCCACCCUGGGGGCGAGGCAGCCCGGUGCGUGGGAGGGGACGGCGCGCCAUUGGCUUCAGCGCGGCAUCGAGAGGAGGGACCAGCGCGGGCCGCCGGACUCGGGCAAACCCUGGCCGCGCAGGGUGCAGCACGCAGUCCAGCCCGGCCCUGCCCUGCCCUGCCCGGCGCGGUAGGCGUGAUGUGAGCGCCCGAGGUCCCCGUGUACGCCAGCUCCGCGCAGCCGGCGCCAGCAUGCGCUAGGAACGGCCGUGGAAGGAGGUGGUAGAGUUCCCGCUGCCCACAAGUCUGGCGCAACCUUCUGGUUCAGGGGUCCUGGGGGCGGGAGCACUGGGCCAGAGGACCUAGGGGCGCCUAACAGCGCGGAGCUCCCCGCUUGGAGUCUUAGAAAGUGGGUUUUGUGCUGACUAAAGGCGAGACCUGACAUUCAACUCCUCUCUGCGUCCCCACUGCCCAUCACCCUGCCGGACACACACCCUUCUGAGGAGGAGGCAGCUGGGCCCCAGGACAGGAUGGCGGCCAAGCAGCCCCCGCCUCUCAUGAAGAAGCACAGCCAGACGGACCUUGUGAGCCGCCUGAAGACCCGGAAGAUCCUCGGCGUGGGCGGGGAGGACGACGACGGGGAGGUGCACCGCUCCAAGAUCAGCCAGGUCUUGGGCAACGAAAUCAAGUUUGCCGUGCGGGAGCCUUUGGGACUGAGGGUCUGGCAGUUCGUUUCAGCUGUGCUCUUCUCCGGCAUUGCUGUCGUGGCCCUUGCCUUCCCUGACCAGCUCUAUGACGCGGUCUUUGAUGGAGCCCAGGUGACCAGCAAGACCCCCAUCCGCCUCUAUGGGGGUGCCCUCCUCAGCAUCUCCUUGAUCAUGUGGAAUGCCCUCUACACGGCCGAGAAGGUUAUCAUCCGGUGGACUCUGCUCACGGAAGCCUGUUACUUUGGGGUCCAGUUCUUGGUGGUCACUGCCACGCUGGCCGAGACGGGCCUCGUGUCCCUGGGGAUUCUGCUGCUCCUGGCCAGCCGCCUCCUUUUCGUUGCCAUCAGCGUUUACUACUAUUACCAAGUUGGCCGAAAACCCAAGAAAGUCUAGCUGACCACUGGGCCGGGCCCCGGGGCAGGGCAGCCCUGGACCUCGGCUUCCCUUCGGUUCGUGGAAGGCAGGACAGACCCUCCCCUGCCCAGGCAGACAGGAGUGGCCGCCGUCCCUUCUUCCUGGGCCCUCCCCAAGAGCCGUGAUCUGGGCCUUCAGGUUUGGGGAGGCACGGGGCCACUGCACCCCUGCUCUUUGCCCCACACAGUGACGCCUCCUUUUCUGGGGCCUCUUGGCCUGUGGGUCCCCUGGACAGACGCCGACGGAAAGAGCCCGCACUGGGGCUGAGGCCAGGCCCCUGCCCCUUCUGCCCGGAGGCCCUCUGGAAGGACAGAGGCUGUGGGCUGCCUCCUGGUCCUUCCCUGUCACCCCCAGCCGAUCUAGUGCCCAAGCAGCUGAACUUGGCUUCUAUCUAUGCCUGGAAAACCCAAGAACUUGACCUUGCGUCCCUAUCCUUGCCGUGGGCCCUCCACACACGUGGGGGCCCCCCUCCACCUCUGGACUCCCACACCCGCCCUCCCCGCAGCCCAGCCGCAGGCCGAUGGGCAGAGGUGGCGGUCUCGGGGCUGGCCCUUGCCCUGCAGCCUCCCUGCGAGGUGGGCCACGUGCAGCAGAGCCCGUCCGGGUCACCAUGGGCUCUGCUGGGGCUCUGCCCCGGGCUGCUCUGCCUUCGCCCCCGCUCCUGGGGGCCCCGGGAGCCCCCUCCCCGCAGCUAGCCUGGGUUCAGAGGCUGCCAGUGGUCUCCCCCACAAGCGGGCCCUGCCGUGGACAUAGGGAACCCCCGAUGGGGGCUGCUUGUGAGGGUCGAGGUUCGGAGACAAGGAAGAAAGGACAUCAGUGGCAUUUCUCUGUCCCUUGGCCACGCCCUCCAGGGUCCGAUGCUCACCCGGCUUAGCCUCUCACCUGCCCUACCUCCUCCCCAGGGUGCUGCUCCCAGGGUCUGGCGGGAUAGGACUGGGUGCCCUUCAAACUCAGCAGGGGAAAUAAAUAUUUCAGGAGGCCCCCUCCCCCCAGCUCUGACACCCUGGAGAAGGCCGACAGCUGGCUCCCUCCGAGCCAAAGACCUCCGCAGACCCAGCGGCCUGGGUGCCCCCAGUGCCCCCUCCAGGAGGUCAGCGCGGACGGCAGCCCCGGGUCCUGGGGACAGGCGUGGAGAGAAGCAGCCCAGGCCCCAGGUUCCCUCUGUCGGAACAGAGAGCGUCUGGGGGCGAGGCGGUGGUCCUUCGGUGCAGCCCAGCUCUUGGCCACUGCCAGCUGGGCCUGGAACCUCGCACUGCCCUCCCGGUGCCCGGCUGUCCCCGCAGCCGCAUGCCCAGUGUCCAGCUCAGCUGAGGAGAGAGGCCCAGUGGGUCAGGGGCCUAAGGCUCUGCUGCUGGUGGCCAUGGCCGAGCAGAGGGGGACCUUGACACUGAGGACAGGCCUGCUCUUUCCUGGCAGCCCUCUCUUGCCACUGCAGUUUGUGCCCGUCCCCAGGAAGGGCGCUGGGCAGGCGGGGAGCCCACCGCCGACUCGGGGGAGUGGCGCUGGUGGCUGUUGGGCAGUGCCUCCACGGCCAAGGCCACGUCCUCCGGCUGACCCGUGCCCCGGAAAGCCUGGCUGGUCCCCCCAUGGGUGGUGGGUGGUCUUUCUGGAUAGCAGCUGGGCAUGGCAGGUGGACCCCUCCGCAGGCAGACAGGGAAGGGCAGGUGCGGGCUGUGGUGGGCGCCUGCUGGGUCGAACUGGCCAAGCCGCUCCAUUCAGCUGGGGUGCAGGGAGGGCCCGUGGGGAUGGCGCUGCCCGGGCUGUGGCGCCAGGUGGUGUUCAUGGAGUCCUGUGGUGCCUGGUCAAACAUCCCAGGGGGGCGCGGGGCGCAGGGCGGGGGUGUGUGUUAAGGAGGAGUCCUUGUUGCGGGGGAGACGGUGACGAAGGCCCGGAGUCGGUUGAAGGCCCAGCUGCAAUCCUAAAGGUCUGGGAAGACCCAGGAUGCCCCUUCCCCGCUCCCCCAGGCCCCCUUUGCCACCAGAGCCCUGGACCCUCUUGGCCAAGCUCCUGCUCCUGCCCCCGCCCACCCAGCCCCCAAAUCGAGACCACUUUUCUUCACGGCCACUAUUUAUUCUUUGUUCCUUUUUCUUUUUGUAAGAAACGGUCACAAAAACCAGUGCAAAACCAUCA